AUGGCGGCCUCCUUGAGGCUCGGCUGCGGCCGCCGGGCGCUGCGUUACCUCCUGGGCUCGGCGAGUGGCCGGCGGGCCGAGGCCGUCGUGACCUCGCUUGACCGCGGCGUGGACUGCCGGCGGCUACAUGGCUCGGCUUGGCUGUGGGUUGAUCCUAUUAAAAUUUUAAUGCCUUCCUUGUCUCCCACGAUGGAAGAAGGAAACAUUGUGAAGUGGUUGAAAAAGGAAGGUGAAACAGUGAGUGCUGGAGAUGCCUUAUGUGAAAUCGAAACAGACAAGGCCGUGGUCACAUUGGAUUCAGGAGAAGAUGGUAUUUUGGCUAAAAUAGUGGUUGAAGAAGGGAGUAAAGGCAUUCGGUUAGGAUCGCUAAUUGGGUUGAUGGUGGAGGAAGGAGCUGAUUGGAAGCAGGUUGAAAUUCCCAAAGACGUGAGUCCUCAACCACCCCCAGCUUCACCUGUGUCUGCACCUCUUGUAGCUGAAGCUGUGGUUCCUGCUUCUGCCACAAAGGCCCACCCAGCUGGGAAACUGUCGCUUCGGCUAAGUCCUGCUGCUCGCAACAUUUUGGAGACGAAUAACAUUGAUGCCAGCCAGGGUACUCCUACAGGACCUCGGGGAAUAUUUACUAAAGAAGAUGCCCUUAAACUUGUGCAGCUAAAAAAAUCAGGCAAACUUGCUGAAUCAAGACCUUCUCCAGCACCGCCUACUACAACUGCAGUGCCUUCACCUCCUCAAGCUCCUCCAGCUCCUGGGCCGCCAUCUUACCCAAGGCCAAUGAUUCCACCAGUUUCUACUCCAGGGCAGCCUAAUGCAGUGGGCACAUUCACUGAAAUCCCUGCCAGCAAUGUUAGAAGAGUAAUUGCCAAGAGGCUAACUGAAUCUAAAAAUACUGUACCUCAUGCAUAUGCUACUGCUGACUGUGACGUUGGAGCUGUCUUAAAACUAAGACAAAGUCUUGUCAAAGAUGAUAUUAAAGUAUCAGUAAAUGAUUUUAUUAUCAAGGCGAUAGCUGUAACCCUUAAACAAAUGCCAGAUGUGAAUGUGAGCUGGGAUGGAGAGGGCCCAAAGCAGUUGUCCUCCAUUGACAUCUCAGUCGCGGUGGCAACAGACAGAGGUCUCAUUACACCCAUCUUAAAAGAUGCUGCUGCCAAGGGAAUACAGGAGAUUGCUCUUUCUGUGAAGGCUCUGGCAAAGAAAGCAAGAGAUGGAAAAUUGUUACCAGAAGAAUAUCAAGGAGGGUCUUUUAGCGUUUCUAACUUGGGGAUGUUUGGUAUCGAUGAGUUUCGAGCUGUGAUUAAUCCUCCUCAGUCCUGCAUUUUGGCCGUGGGCCGAUCCCGACCUCAGCUCAGACUCUCUGAAGAUGACGAAGGGAACAUCAGGCUGCAGCAGCAUGACCUCGUGACCGUCUCCAUGUCCAGUGACAGCCGAGUGGUGGACGAUGAACUGGCUACCAAGUUUCUUGAACGUUUUAAAGCAAACCUAGAGAAUCCUGCCCGGCUCUACUAGUCUCAAAAUGACCAGCUAAUGAUGCAGGUUGUUACUAAAAAGAAAGGUGACGGUCUAAAAGGAAAACAAUUUGAAUGUUUAGUAUAAAGUGGACAAAGUAUUUAAUUUAUUUGAGGUGAAAGAAUCUGGACUUUGUUGUCUUCAUUUGUAUGUUUUAAAGAUAACCUAUUUUAAAGACUAAUCAAAGGAAGAGCACAUCUAGUUAUUUGGCUUCUUUUAAAACUACUUUGGUGCUGCAUAAAAGGGUUCUACUUAACUAGAUGUAACUUGAAUUAUAUAUUUAGAAGGGCAUCCAGAGAAUGUGGGAGAGCCUGAAUAUUCAAAAAAGAAAACAUUAGAAGACCGAGGCUAACUUUUAACCUUGAAAGCAGGGCCAGUCUUGGUUGAGAUGGCCCAGCGAUUUGACAGCCGAGUUUCAGUUUUGCAAGGGCUGUUCUGGCAAUAUUCCUGAAUGAUUUAACACAGAGAGAAGCAUUCUGGCUAAGGACAAAUCACUAGGCAAUUAGGGUUACAUCUCUUGAUGGAUUAUGGCCGCAUUGUCAGGUCAUUUCCGUAUAUAAAGCCAUACCUUUCCCGAGGUGGUUUCUGUCAGUUUUAUUGUUCUGUUGUUGACAUUGAUAACUGUGAGUUUCUUGAGAAAGGGGGGAAAAAGAUAUAUUUCUACUAAGCAAAGACCAAAAAAGCGCACGAUGUGUUUGGAUGGAAAACCAUAGCCAGAAUACCUUUACCUUCUGGUAGAAACUUAGAAACAGUGGAUGAAUCUUAAAAAAGUGCUUACUCUGAUGCUAAGUCGCCAUAUGUUAAAAUAAACCAUAAUCUCUCACUCAAA